AUGGAGGGUGUUGGUCAGGGAGAUAAUUUUAAUCCUCCUGAGGAACAGUCUGAGGCGAGGCAAGAAGAGAUUGGUGAUGCUCCCGAGGGUGAUGAUGUCCCUGUUGCACCAGCUGCUGACCCUAUAGCCCAGCAGAUGGCUGCGUUAUUGAGACAAAUGGCAGACUUCCUGAGGGAGUUCAAGAAAAAGAAUGUUCCAUCUACCUAUGUGGAUGCCAGGAUAGAGGAGUUUCUACAGCUCAAACAGGAUCAUAGGACUGUAGCUGAGUAUGAGAGGGAGUUUACUCGGUUGAGCUAUUAUGCUGGGAGUAUGUUAGUUACAGGCAGGGACAGGUGCAAGGGAUUUGAACAGGGAUUGAAGCCCAUUAUUAAGAGUCAUGUGAUUGGCUUUGAACAUGAGAAUUUUUUUGCAUUGGUAUCACAAGCUCUGAAUCAGGAGAAGGUUGAGCAAGAAAAGGCUAUAGAGAAGGAGAAGAGUGUGUGUCAGGAGGACUUUCCCAGGGGCUAG